GUUCAUGUCGAGACAGAAGAUGGAAAUAGGUGUGUAAUUUAUCCACAAAUCGCGGAACUUACGUGAACAGUCGAAGAAAUCGUACACCUCAUUAAAUGAUUAAAAAUAAUUUGAAACUUUUCUACAAUUAUUGCUAAUUAUAGAUAAACUUAAGUUCAAAACAGGAAUACUUAUUCGUUAAUAUAUCUAUUUUCCGUGCCGACUUCGAGUGCGACACAUCCUAGGAAGGAAUAUGAAUAUUCUCUUGUCAGUUCUGAUUCUGAGCCAAGGAUUACAUCCAAUAAAAGGAUUUGGAUUGUUUUCAGUGUUAUCCCAAGUGAGAAAAUUAGUCAAAGCCGGAGUUAAUUCUGUAGAAUACCUCUACUCACCAAAUCGUCGACAAUCAAAUGAUAUAGUACCAGAAGAAUACGACUUCAUCAUAAUAGGAUCUGGAUCAGCAGGUUCAAUAUUGGCAAACAGACUUUCUGAAAAUCAAGAUUGGAAAGUUCUUCUCUUGGAAGCUGGCAACCGGGCAAAUGCUUUCACAGAAAUUCCAAUAUUGGCACCACUCUUCCAGCUGACGCAUUUCAAUUGGGGUUACAACAUGGAGAAACAAGAAGGUAUUUGUAACGCUAUGGAGGACGGUAUAUGCGCCUGGCCACGAGGACGAGCUCUGGGUGGAACCACCGUCAUUAAUUACAUGAUUUACACAAGGGGCAACCCAAUCGACUACAAGAGGUGGGAAUCCCAAGGUAAUCCCGGGUGGGCUUACGAAGAUGUGCUACCGUUUUAUUUGAAAUCAGAAGACUGUCAUUUAGGAGAGCCUUGCAAUAGUCGAUACCAUCACAAAGAUGGGUAUCUCAGUGUAGAAUAUCCAUUCACAUCAAAAUUAACGAGUGUAUUUUUGAAAGCUGGAGAAAAACUAGGAUACAGAACUGUAGAUUAUAAUACUCCAGAUUUCAUGGGUUUUUCUCCAAUACAAGCAACCCAAAAACGAGGAAAAAGACAUAGCGUCGCAGCAGCCUUCUUGAACCCUAUCAAAAAAAGAAGUCGUUUGGAAAUAAUAACAUCAGCUAGAGUGACCAACAUUUUGAUAAACCCGGAAACUAAAGCCGCUUACGGAGUGGAAUUUUUCAAAAGGAAACAGAAAUUUUCCGCAAUGGCAACUAAAGAAGUAAUAGUCUCGGCUGGAACUUUUCAUUCGCCUCAGCUCCUGAUGCUCAGUGGUAUAGGUCCAAAGGAACAUUUGGAAGAAUUAGGAAUUCCGCUGAUCAAAAAUCUACCAGUAGGCGAAACUAUGUACGAUCACAUAUCAUACCUAUCAGCAGUAUUUACCACGAACGAGACCAUCAUCGGACCAAUACAAGCACUUAGUCCAAAAGAAUGGCUGAAUUGGAUAACGCACGGGGAAGGAUUGUUGACUUCCUUGGCCGGUAUAGAAGCUAUAGGCUACAUAAAAACUGAAAUGUCGAAGGAAAAAGCGGAUUACCCUGACAUUGAGCUUCUACUAAAUAGUAUCGGGUCUCUACAAUUCGAUCUAGGCAUCAUUUCUCGACCAGAGUUACGGAUAAAAAAGGAAGUGUACAAGGAGUUCUUCCAACCAUUGGAAGGAAAGCCGAGUUUCUCCAUCUUACCCGUGCUGCUUCAUCCAAAAUCGAAAGGAUACCUCAAACUCCGAUCGGCGAAUCCUUUCGAUCCGCCACUCUUGUAUGGAAACUUUUAUACCGAUCCCGAAAACCACGAUUUGAGAACCAUGAUAAGCGCCAUCAGGAAUAUUCAAAGGCUAUGUGAUACUGCACCCUUCCGAAAGUUAGGAACAAAGCAGUAUGAAAAACCGAUACCAGGAUGUGAGAAUCACAUUUUUGACACGGACAACUAUUGGGAGUGUGCAUUGAGAAGCAUGUCAGUAACGCUCCACCACCAAAUCGCCACGUGUAAAAUGGGUCCGGAGGGGGAUCGAGAGGCUAUUGUUGAUUCUUGGUUAAGGGUGUAUGGGGUGAAAAAUCUGAGGGUGGCCGACAGCAGCGUAAUACCGGUCACGUUAUCUGCACACACUAACGCACCUUCCAUGAUGAUUGGAGAAAAAUUGGCGAAAAUAUUAGAAGAAGAUUGGAGUUCUUAGAACUUAUGAAAAUAGCUCAGUAGUUGGUGGACAAUACUGAGAUUUGAAAACAACUUUCCAACGAGUAGAAUAUCAAAUUAAAAGAAAAAUGCACGCUUUUGACAUUUUUCAUGAGAUAGAAUAAGUACCAACCUUAAUUAUGAAUUUCGCAAAGUCUGUAUUGUUUAUUGACAACCUCGAUUGCUCAGGUACAAAGAAAUUUAAAUGUUGACAAGGAAAACUCACAGUUAAUUAUCAAAAAUAUCUUCUAGACACGUCAAACUGGCUGUCGAAUGCGACCCCAAACAAACUAUUGUGCCACAAUAGCAAGACUAGCC